AUCAGGAGUGGAAGAAGUACAUUCUAGGCCAAGGAAUAAAUGUGCAAAGGCACAGAAUGGAGAAAGAGCUCACGGCACUGGAAAUGUGAAAUUGGGAUGAUGCACCCUUGGAAGGGGUGUUCGCUCGGCCGAUACCACCCCCAUCCGUUUCAAGGCUAUGAGCACAGCAAGCUCAGACACCGACAGCCAGGGCCAGGAUCUGCCCCGGAUCGUUUCCAGCUCCAGCAGAUAGAGUUUCUCAGGGGGCUGCUCCCUGAAGCGCCCCUGCCUGGGAAGCGGACGCCAUCACUGCCACCAUUCGUCUCUGGACUUGGGCCACAGUUUCCACGACCACCUGCCAGGAGCAGGGAACUGGGGACUUGGGGUGGCCCCAGGGGCGUGCCUCCCAGAAGUCAGGUGCUCCAGAGAGGGUCCCCGCGUCCUGCCCCCCACGGCAGGACCCUGCCGUGGAGAGGGGUCGACAGGCUGUCCUCACAUUUCCAGGAGCUAGGUAUCAGCCAGGGCCAGGAAGAGAGGGUCUUGGAGCUCUUCCUGCAGGAGCUUGGGGAAGGGAAGGCUGCCACAGCACAUGAUCUGGCCAGGAGGCUCAGAGUCCCGAAGAAGGAAGUCAAUCGAGUUUUAUAUUCUCUGGAGAAGAAGGGCCAGCUGCAUCAGGAGGCAGGAACGCCCCCUCUGUGGAGAGUCGCCGUGCAGGCUGGGAGCCAGCACAGCCAAGUAGCCAGCGCCCCCGGCCGUGGCCGGGAAACGCCCGCCUCACAGCCCAGUUUGGACAUUGAAGACAGACACUCAGAGUCUGGCUCGGAAGCUCCUCCCGACCCUUCUGACAUGGCUGAGAUCAAGGAGAAAGUCUGUGACUACCUGUUCAGCGUGUGCGGCGCCUCUGCCCUGAAUGUGGCCAAGAAUAUCGGCCUCACCAGGGCCCGCGAUGUGAACGCCGUGCUGAUGGAGCUGGAAAGGCAGGGUGACGUGUACCGGCAGGGCACCACUCCUCCCGUGUGGUAUCUGACUGACAAGAAACGGGAGCGGGUCCAAAUGAAGAGAAACGCAGCCCUGGGCCCCGAGGCCAUCCCAGCUGCCGUCCCCGAGACUGGAGGAGACGCGGUGCUCCCCUCCCGUCACCCGGCCGCGCCGGACGCCUCGGACAGUGUGGCAGCCGCAGAAGUGCAGAAUGGGCAGGAGCCAGUCCUAAAGUUGGAAAACCGGCAGGGGACUGCGCCAGAGCCAGUAAAACUGAAGCCACCUGCCCACGACAACGGCCCCUCGAGAACAGGGUAUGUUGACUUUGAAAAUGGCCAGUGGGCCACCGACGACAUCCCAGAUGACUUGAAUAGCAUCCACGCGGCACCAGGUGAGUUUCGCGCCAUCAUGGAGAUGCCCUCCUUCUACAGUCACGGCUGGCCGCGUUGCUCGCCCUACAAGAAACUGACUGAGUGUCAGCUCAAGAACCCCAUCAGCGGGCUGCUCGAGUAUGCCCAGUUCGCCAGUCAGACCUGUGAGUUCAACCUGCUAGAGCAGAGCGGACCACCCCAUGAGCCUCGAUUCAAAUUCCAAGUCGUCAUUGGUGGUCGAGAGUUCCCCCCCGCUGAAGCCGGCAGCAAGAAGGUGGCCAAGCAGGACGCAGCCCUCAAAGCCAUGACCAUCCUGCUGGAGGAAGCGAAAGCCAAGGACAGCGGAAGACCGGAAGAACCAUAUGAUCCCACAGAGAAGGGGUCGGAGAAGAUGGCAGAGUCCCAGCCCAGCACCCCUUCCGCAGCAUCCUUGUUUUCUGGGAAGAACCCCGUCACGACCCUGCUUGAGUGUGUGCACAAGCUGGGGAGCUCCUGUGAAUUCCGUCUCCUGUCCAGAGAAGGCCCUGCCCAUGACCCCAAGUUCCAGUACUGUGUCGCCAUGGGAGCCCACACUUUCCCCACCGCGAGCGCCCCCAGCAAGAAGGUGGCAAAGCAGAUGGCUGCAGAGGAGGCCAUGAAGGCUCUGCACGGAGAGGCCACCAGCUCGGCGCCUUCCGAUACCCAGCCUGGGGGCACGAACACAGAAUCCUUCGAUAACCUGGAGUCUGGGAUGCCCAACAAGGUCAGGAGGAUCGGCGAGCUCGUCAGAUACCUGAACACCAACCCUGUGGGCGGCCUGCUAGAGUACGCCCGCUCCCACGGCUUCGCGGCCGAGUUCAAGUUGGUCGACCAGUCCGGCCCUCCGCACGAGCCCAAGUUCGUUUACCAGGCAAAAGUCGGGGGCCGCUGGUUCCCGGCCGUCUGCGCGCACAGCAAGAAGCAAGGCAAGCAGGAGGCGGCAGAUGCGGCCCUCCGCGUCUUGGUCGGGGAGAACGAGAAGAUGGAGCGCAUGGGCUUCACAGAGCUUCCCCUCACCGGCAGCACCUUCCACGACCAGAUCGCCAUGCUGAGCCACCGCUGCUUCAACGCGCUCACCAACAGCUUCCAGCCCUCCCUGCUCGGCCGCAAGAUCCUGGCCGCCGUCAUCAUGAAGAAGGCCUCCGACGACCUGGGGGUGGUGGUCAGCCUGGGGACAGGGAACCGCUGUGUGAAGGGGGACUCCCUCAGCUUGAAGGGGGAGACGGUCAACGACUGCCAUGCAGAGAUCAUCUCACGGAGAGGCUUCAUCAGGUUCCUCUACAGCGAGCUAAUGAAAUACAACCCCCAGACCGCGAAGGAGAGCAUAUUUGAGCCUGCGAAGGGAGGAGAAAAGCUCCAAAUCAAGAAGACCGUGUCAUUCCAUCUGUACAUCAGCACGGCCCCGUGUGGGGAUGGCGCCCUCUUUGACAAGUCCUGCAGUGACCGUGCCGUGGAGAGCUCAGAUUCCCGCCACUACCCCGUCUUUGAGAAUCCCAAACAAGGCAAGCUGCGCACCAAGGUGGAGAAUGGGGAAGGCACAAUCCCAGUGGAGUCCAGUGACAUUGUGCCCACGUGGGACGGCAUUCGGCUCGGGGAGAGACUCCGCACCAUGUCCUGCAGUGACAAGAUCCUGCGCUGGAAUGUGCUCGGCUUGCAGGGCGCGCUGUUGACGCACUUCCUGCAGCCUGUGUACCUCAAGUCUGUGACGCUGGGUUACCUUUUCAGCCAAGGGCAUCUGACUCGCGCCAUCUGCUGCCGUGUGACAAGAGAUGGGAGUGCCUUCGAGGACGGACUGCGGCCCCCCUUCAUUGUCAACCACCCCAAGGUGGGCCGAGUCAGCGUGUACGACUCCAAGAGGCAGUCGGGGAAGACGAAGGAGACAAGCGUCAACUGGUGCCUGGCAGACGGCUACGACCUGGAAAUCCUGGACGGGACCAGGGGCGCUGUGGACGGGCCGCGGAACGAAUUGUCCCGGGUCUCCAAAAAGAACAUUUUUCUCCUGUUUAAGAAGCUCUGCUCCUUCCGGUACCGCAGGGAUCUGCUUCGACUCUCAUACGGCGAGGCGAAGAAAGCUGCCCGAGAGUACGAGAUAGCCAAGAACUACUUCAAGAAAGGCCUGAGGGACAUGGGUUACGGGGACUGGAUCAGCAAGCCUCAGGAGGAGAAGAACUUCUACCUCUGCCCUGUGUGAGGGGCCAGGGCCUGGGGGGCGACAAGGGGCCGCGGCUCUCCUCGUCACGUCAGUCUGCAGGUGUUCCUUUCCUUUUUCUUUUUCUUUGUUUGGUGGAAGCACGUUGGUGACACUGGGAAUGGUGGGUCGUGUGCCCUGCGUCUGCCAGGGGCCAGGCCCGCCCACCCGCCCCUGCCCUCUCCACCAGGAGGGAGGCACGUCGGCCCCUCCUGCCCACCGUGCAAGGCCCUCCCGCUCAGCCCCACUUUGGUUUCCACGUCCUCGCCUCGCGUUUGCCACACCAGCCUCUCGCUGUCUGGGUCAGGCCGAUCUGCGCCGAGUCCUGUCAGGGCUGGAGGUUUCGUUGGCAGACUCUGCAGGCCCCUCCGUCUUCCUCUGCCCUUUUGCAAUUCCCUCCUUAUGAUUGUUAAGUUUCUCCUUUUCCUCCAAGAAGGUAAAAGGUGACCUUCAAGAAUUCGGUGAAACAGGUAUGAAGACAGGAGUUUACAAGCGCCGUCAGUUCAUCACCGGGCCGGGUGCCAUUGGCAUCCGCAGGUGGCGCUCGGUGACCUUCCGGGUCUUGCACUUUAGCCAGCGGGGGGGGGGUGGGGUGCAGCUGGGCGGCAGGGAGGGCUGGCUGAGGGCUGGCCGAGGGCUGGCCGAGGGCUCGCACCCACAGGAGCAAAACCCUGGGGGGUGACACCGACCGCCCCCACGUGCAGACCGGCCUCGCGGUACCGCGCACCUGCUGUCCUCCAGAAGCGUUCCUGGGGAUUUGUCCUGCCGGCGGGGCGCAGAGGGGCCGCAGACCCCAACCCCCGGGUGGGAGAGGUCCUGCACCACAAGUCCUCUGUUCAGGUAAAAUCAGGACUGAGAGGAAGAGGGCAGAACAAUCAUGUCGGGUCGGAUCACGGCACCGCGCGGUAUCUUUCUCAUGACCGUGACCAGGGAAAGCUGACCAAGGCAUGGGGACCUUAGGAGUUUUUAAAAAUGUCGUAAUGUUGAUUCUUAACUGCUACGGAGAACCUAUACUUGCACAGAUUUUAAAAUCAGACCUAAUUUUUCAUUUAUCCAAGUGCUUUUGUCUGCCGGGGAGUUUCAGAAGGGCAGGCCCCAGGCCUGUCAGGGAGUCUUUGCAGGCUUGAUGCCCGACAGUAGUUGAAACCGAGUUGAGGUGGGUCCCCUGUCCACACCUCAGGCUAGCCUCUCUGGAGCCCGGCUCUACGGCCGCACCAGCCAGACCUGAGCCCGCCUCCAGGUGACGCCUCUGUCUCUGCCCGCCGGCGCUCCAGGCCAGGCCCACAGACGAUUGUCCCCCUUCCCUCGCGCCCCCCUCCCUACUGCCGAGGCAGCCCUGUCUGGACCCCUCUUCUGCAGUAGGUACACUCACACUCACACUUUGGUUCUGGUGGCUACUAUUCCUCUGUGCUAUUGACCAAAAUUAAAAAAAACAACACCCAAGUUUUUUUGAAGUAUACUAAAGAUGUCUUUGUGGAAUAGCCAGUUGUCCCACGGAGCCGGUCGGGACACAGUGCCUGCCUUCUGGGGGGGAGGGGCCCGGCCCCACUGAGCGCACCUGCCAGAGGCGUGUGGGGCCGGCCUCCCAGGAGGCAGCUGGAGGGUCUCGCCUGCUGACCCCGAGGAACGUUCAGACCCUCUGCUCCAUCUUGGGCGUUAGAAUCUCCAGCAGAGCUGUGACUGGGAGCCCAGGGGCCCUCCACACAGCAGAUCCCCGCUCGCCCCAAGGUCAGAUGAGACACACCGGCUCCUGCUGUAGGAAGGGGGCUCGGCUGCGCCCCCCAGGAAUGGAGGGGCAGAGCUCCCUCCCACAGUGCUCUACUUUCUUGUCCAAUCUUUGUUUUUAGUAACCAGGAUGCCCUUCUUCCUUUUUUAAAAUGAUCUUUGUAGUUGAUUUGUCUGAACUGUGGCCAUUGUGCAUCCUCUGAAUAAUCACUUGUGAAAAUUGUCGCUGCUCGAAGCUAUUUCCUUUACUCACGUUGAGCGACUGUUGGUUUGGGUCCUGGUGCGACCCCAAGAGGGGACGGGAAGAACCCAAACACAGACUUGGCGCCACCGCGGCUGCACUCCAGUCUACGAUUCCGCUUUGAUGUGUCCCUCGAUAACCGUGACUAACAAUAUACAUUCCUCAUAAAUAAAGAGAAUCUGAAUUGUUA